AUGCGUCCACUCACCGUAGACUCACUCAAUCCAGCCGUACGCAGCGUCCAGUACGCUGUCAGAGGCGAACUGGCCAUCAAGGCUGAGGAGCACCGCGUCAGACUCAAGGAAAAUGGCGCUGACCAUGGUCUUCCAUUCGACCGUGUUAUCUCAUCCAACAUCGGGAACCCUCAGCAGAAGGGACUGGACCAACCCCCGAUCACUUUUGUCAGACAGGUCGCUGCACUGAUGGAGUGGCCAGACCUUGCAAAACUUGCACCGCAGGUGUUCCCAAAGGACGUCCUCGCUCGUGCUAAGGAACUCCAUGAGGAAACCGGCUCCAUCGGCGCCUACUCACACUCUCAAGGCGUCCCCUUUAUUCGACAGAAUGUCGCAAGAUUUAUCAGUGAUCGGGACGGAUAUCCAUCCAAUCCUAACCACAUCUUCCUUACGACAGGUGCCUCGGCCGGAGUGUCCCUCCUGAUAUCAAUGCUCAUAUCAGAGCCGAAGAAGUCCGGUGUCCUUAUUCCCAUUCCGCAAUAUCCCCUCUACACAGCAACCCUUGCUCAGUGCUCUGGCGCCGCUAUCCCGUAUCACCUCGAUGAACCUGCCGAGUGGUCGACUUCGGUUGACGAAAUCAGAGCUGCUAUCGACAAGGCUGUCCAAGACGGCAUCGAGCCGAGAGCUCUCGUCAUCAUCAACCCGGGUAACCCUACUGGUGCACUUCUCAACAAAGAGACGCAAGCGGAGGUAGUCAAGCUGUGCGAGGAACAUUCCCUCGUUCUCCUUGCAGAUGAAGUCUAUCAGUCCAACCUCCACCGCCAAGCCACCCACCCAUUCACGUCCUUUAAGAAGGUUGUUCGUGACCUCAACUCACCUGUUCCUCUUGUGUCAUUCCACUCGAUAUCCAAGGGUGUGACCGGUGAAUGCGGUCGGCGGGGAGGCUAUUUCGAGUGUACGAACCUGUCCGACGACGUCAUCGCCAUGAUGUACAAGAUGGUUAGCGUCACACUUUGUCCGCCUCUGCAGGGUCAGAUCGGAGUGGAUUGCCUGGUCCGCCCGCCGAAGCAAGGCGAGGAGAGUUACCCUCUUUGGAAAGAGGAGACCGACAGGAUACACAAGGCCCUCGCAGAGCGCACCGCAACUAUGUCCGCACGCCUCAAUAAGCUGCCUGGCGUAUCUUGUGUUGACUCUCCAGGCGCACUGUAUCUAUACCCCAGGAUAGAGAUACCCGAGAAGGCGAUUGCGGCUGCCAAGGCUGCAGGAAAAGAGCCCGACGCAUUUUAUGCGCUUGCUCUACUAGACGCUACUGGUAUUUGCGUCGUGCCCGGUUCCGGAUUUGGCCAGAAGGAGGGUGAAUACCACUACCGCCUGACGUGCCUGUGUCCCGGUGUGGACGAGUACGUCGGCAAACUGGAGAAGUUCCACCUCGACUUCACGAAGCAGUACUCGUAA